CAUCUGCAUGCGCUCGAACCAAUUUUCGAAGCACUUAUUCCACUCGUUUGCUGGCAGAUCCAAAACGGCAUUUUUGAAUGCGUCAACUGCUUCUUCUGGUGACUGGAACCUUUGAACACGCAAAAGUAAAGAAAUCGUUAGGACUAUAUGGAGGAUGGUCCAAUUAUUCCAAGUUUUCUUCCGUUAAAUACUGCCUUGUUUCUUGGGCUGUGUGCGAGCUUGCAUUGUCUUAGGGGAGGAUGAUUCUUCUUUUGGGGUUGAGUUUUCGAUGCUCGGUGAUGACUUUUGGCAACCAAAUGGUGGUACACCAAUCUGCAUUAACA